AUAAAUCGAUAUUUAGAAUUUUUUUUGUUAUUCCUAUCUGUGGAACAAUGUUUAUUUAUUUUUAGGAAGUCUCCUAUCAUUACUUUUAUAUUUUAUUCGGUGAAUUUCUUACUUUAAGUUCUCUAUGUAAAUUACCCUAUUUAUGAAAAUGAUUUCGAAGUACUCAAUUUUAUUACCAACGUAUAAUGAAAAAGAAAAUUUACCUGUAAUUGUUUAUUUAAUUCACAAAUAUUUAGAACACUGUGCGAUUGAUUAUGAAAUUAUCAUAAUAGAUGAUGGUAGCCCAGAUGGGACAUUAGAAAUUGCCAAACAAUUAGAAACUAUUUAUGGCAAGAAGAAAAUUAUAUUGAGACCACGUGAAAAGAAACUUGGAUUAGGCACAGCAUACAUACAUGGUAUUAAACAUGCUACAGGAAACUUUAUUAUUAUAAUGGAUGCUGACUUAUCACACCAUCCUAAGUUCAUUCUUGAUUUUAUAAAGAAACAAGCUGAAAAAAAUUAUGAUGUAGUGACUGGAUCUAGAUACAUUGGAAAUGGUGGAGUAUAUGGUUGGGAUUUUAAAAGAAAGUUAGUAAGUCGUGGAGCUAACUUUGUCACCCAGUUAUUAUUGAGACCAAAAGUAUCUGAUCUCACUGGGAGUUUUAGACUGUAUAAAAAAUCAGUUCUAGAAGAGUUAAUUCAAUCAUGUGUAUCCAAAGGUUAUGUAUUUCAAAUGGAAAUGAUAAUACGGGCAAGACAAUUAAAUUUUACAAUAGGUGAAGUUCCAAUAACAUUUGUUGAUCGUGUGUAUGGUGAAUCAAAAUUAGGUGGAUCAGAAAUUAUUCAAUUUGUUAAGGCUUUAUUACAUUUAUUUGCUACUACUUAGCUUACUAUUUUAUAAUUAAUUUUAACUAUGAUGAUGUUUUUAAUAAUGUUAAAGAAAAUAUUUACACAAAAGUUAAAUGAAAGUCGGAAAAUUUAAAAAGGUUUAUAAUUGCAAUCAUUAUACAAUUUUUAGAUAAUAUUUCUUUUUUUAUAAUUCAAAAAGAAUUUAAUGUAUUUAAUAUUAAAAAUAAUGUUUUUUUACAGUUU